AUGGCAAGCAAUACAACUCUAAAUGAUCUAAAAUGUUAUAUAUGUGGAGAAAUUUACACAAAUCCAGUAGUUAUUUCUCAAUGUGGUCAUUCAUUUGAUCGUCAAUGUAUCAUUCGAUAUAAUUAUUGUCCGAUAAGAGAUUGUAAUAUUCCUUUAUCUGAAUAUUCUUUAUUAGAAAAUGAUAAUAUUAAAGAACUUAUUCAUGAUUAUAAACAAUCAAUAGGAAAUAUUUAUGAAAUAUUUUUAUUAGAUACAAGUACAUCAAUGUGGUAUUCAGAUUCUUUUACUGGUCUUUUUGGUACAGGUAGAUUUUAUCUAGCAAUUCAAUUUUUAAAUGAAAUUUUUCAACGAAGAUGGAAUUCAACUACAUAUCAAAUCUCAUUAAUAACAUUUGAUAAACAUCCUGAAGAACAUUUUUCAUUUCAGACUAUACGUCAACAUCAUUCUAAAAUUCUUGAAAAACUUACACCAACUGGUUCACCUACAUGUUUAUUUGAUGCUAUAAAAUUCUCUUUAGAAAAAUUCGAAAAAUUAAAUCAAAUUCUUAAUCGUUCGACAACACGAUCUAUUUAUAUUCUUACUGAUGGUGGUGAUAAUUUUAGUUCAACUGGAAAUGAAAAACAUUAUAUUAAAUUUAUAAAAGAAUAUAGUAAAAAAUUAAAUAUUCUUGGAAAUAUAAUUCUAGUUGGUGAUAAAAAUAUAUUUCAUACAAAAAAUCUUUGUGAAAAUAUUAAUUAUCAGUUUCAUCAUUUUAAUAGUGAUAAUAUACUAGAAUUUGUUCGUUCAUUUUUAUUAUCAUCAAAUCUUUAUUAA